CCGAGACUCCUUGGGAUGGAAGGCGACAUGGAGGCACAGAGCACCGGGGCCGCGGAUGGUUUCAUUCACGUCACCCGCAAGGGAGGCCGGCGGGCGAAGAAACGGCAGGCCGAGCAGCUGUCGGCGCCUGGGGAGAGCAAAGACGGGGACCGCAUGGACACCGAGGAGGCCCGGCCCGCGAAGAGGCCCGUCUUCCCGCCCCUCUCCGGGGAUGGGCUCUUGGGUGGAAAAGAAGAAACAAGGAAAGUCCCAGUCCCAGCGAACAGAUACACCCCAUUGAAAGAGAACUGGAUGAAGAUAUUCACGCCUGUUGUAGAGCACUUGGGACUUCAGAUACGCUUUAACUUGAAAUCGAGGAAUGUGGAAAUCAGGACUUGUAAAGAAACCAAGGAUGUCAGUGCCCUGACAAAAGCCGCUGACUUCGUGAAAGCCUUCAUUCUGGGGUUUCAGGUAGAGGACGCCCUCGCCCUCAUCAGGCUGGACGACCUCUUCCUGGAGUCGUUUGAAGUUACAGAUGUUAAGCCGUUAAAGGGAGACCACCUCUCGAGAGCAAUCGGACGGAUCGCUGGCAAAGGAGGGAAAACCAAAUUCACCAUUGAGAACGUGACCCGGACACGGAUUGUCCUGGCGGAUGUGAAAGUUCACAUUCUUGGCUCUUUCCAAAACAUCAAGAUGGCAAGAACUGCCAUUUGCAACCUCAUUCUGGGAAAUCCUCCAUCAAAGGUUUAUGGCAACAUCCGUGCGGUGGCCAGCAGAGCAGCAGAUCGAUUCUGAUUUCCCGUUUGAGACUCUUGUUUGGACUCCAGAACAAAGACCAUACACUGACAGGUGGAACCAGGUGACGAAUUCUUCGGUCAGCUCCUCUCAUUCUCAGCCAGAAGCAUCUCAAAGACGGUGUGAUCGCGUUCCCCCUGCAGCCUCACGGGCAUCGUAACUGUCAGACGUUAGGACAUUCUACAUCAGCAGGAUGUAUAUUUCCCUUGUAAAGCACAAGGCAGAUGUGCGGUUUUUAAUUCUCUCAUUAAAGAGGGAAAUGCUUUAGCUUAAAUUGCUCUUCAGUAUAAAUUUGCUAGUUUGUAAGUUUUAAAUAUUCUUCAUGGAUUUUAGAAUUCUUAGAAAAUCUUAUGAGUAAUAAAUGACCCUUGACACAGGAAGUGGUGUGUGAAUGUUAUAAUCAGGCCAUCGGCAGUGUUGGCUCUUCUCUAUAAACCAGGACAGGCUACUCUGUUCCUGCUUUGCAGUCUUUAAAAUUAAAGCCCUCUGUCAUAA